UUGAAUGUAAAAAGCAACUGCGUUUCCGAGAAGGACAGUACCUGGAGAUCUUGCCGCCUGUACUCCACUGAGAGAUGUGGUGAAGAGUUUUCCAAUUUUUAGGACUUAAACAGCAGCUUUGCUUGUUGCAAGGAAAUUUGCAAUGAUCCUUGCGAGCAUUGCUUUUAAGCUGUGUUAAAUUUGUGGCAGGAGGGUCAGGCAUUUCAUACUUGGCUUCCAAAAGAGAAAAAAAAAGAAACGAAAGAGAGAGAGCAAAAACGCCCUGAUGUGUGCAGGGAAGAAAUCUCCCAGGAAUUUAUUCAAGGUUGUAGUCAGAUGCAGUAAGGUCUAAAGCGACAAGAACAGCAAGGCAAAGAUAAAACUUGGAAUUGUGAUAAGAUGUCUGAGUGUAAAGUGGGAGAUUGCAGAAACCUUUUGGGAUUGCACAUGUUCAUCUUGUCCUGGAUAUGACUGAAUAUAAGCUAGUUUUUCUCUAGUGACAGCUCAAAAAACCCCUCAAGAUUAUGUUUCCCUUCCUUGUUGCUUUUUUGCCUGUGGUUUUUAAAAUUGGUUUUGUCAACCUCUCAGCUCUGCAGCACUGGAACUGUCCUAAUGGAUACAGAUUAAAGCCUGAAAACUCGGUUUGUAUAGAUAUUGAUGAGUGCCUUGAAGGUGGUUUGGGAACCUGCGGCCAAACCUGUAUCAAUAUUCCAGGAUCCUACGUCUGCUCUUGUUUGCCUGGCUACUCUUUGGAUAUUGACAAACGGUCUUGCUAUGUGAAUGACCCUGCACCAUUCCUGCUUUUUAGCCAUGGAAAUGCCAUCUUUAGAAUUGACACCGAAGGGACCAAUCAUGAAAGAUUGGUUGCUGAUACUGGUCCAUCAACACUUAUGGAUUUUCAUUAUGUAGAAGAGAAAGUGUAUUGGGUGGACUCUGAAAGGAGACUACUUCAAAGAAUUCACCUGAAUGGCACAAAACAAGAGAGACUAUGCUACAUAGACAAAGGCAUUUCAGGGUUUGCUAUUGACUGGAUAAAUCAAGACAUUCUCUGGGCCAAUAGACAGAAAGGAACCAUAGAAGUGACAGACAUGAAUGGGAAGAAACGCCGAGUUCUUCUAAGAGAUGUUGGUCAUCCCACAAGGAUUAUCACUGAUGCUGAACAAAGGCUGUUAUUUUGGUCUUCAGAUGGUACAGUUUCCAGCAUACACCGGGUGUCCCUCAGUGGAAGUGAUAUGAUAAAUGUUUUAAGAACCACAGAAAAAAUAAAGGCCAUCUCACUAGAUUUGGUUGACACAAGGCUCUACUGGAUCCAACACGAUCACCGGAAAGAGAUUUCCCAUAUUGGAUCAUGUGACUAUGAUGGCAGAGAUGUUCGUUUGCUCAAAAGUUCUGUUCGACAUCAAUUACUUGGUAUGUCUCUCUUCGCUGAGCACCUGUACUACUCAGAGUUGAAAUCUGGCAUGAUAUGGAGAGCCAACAAAUAUACUGGAAAAAUUGUAGUCACAAUUAGCCUGAAGCCAUCAUUUUUUCCACCGGUGGAGAUAAAAAUAGUACAUCCUUUUAAACAGCCAGGUGCAAGAACUGAUUCUCAGGAUUUGGAAAAAGGAAUCUGUGAUUUGAGUAAAGAAAAAUGCAGAAGAAGAAUCUGCAGGCCAGACUCAAGGACUCAUCGGUGUAAAUGUCCUACUGGCUUUAUUUUAAGUAGAAAUAAACAGUUUUGUGAAGAUAUUAAUGAAUGCGGCUUUUGGAAUCAUGGCUGUACUUUGGGCUGUGUGAACAUCCCUGGUUCCUAUUACUGCACCUGCCCGAGAGGUUUUGUUCUGCUGCCUGAUAGGAAAACCUGUCAUGAGCUAAUUUCCUGUACAAGUAAUGACACCGAAUGUAGCCAUGGUUGCCUUCAAACAUCUAAAGGCCCUGUUUGCUUUUGUCCAGAAGGAUCUAUACUCAAAGUGGAUGGCAAAGCAUGCACGGGUUGUACAUCUCCAGAUAAUGGUGGCUGCAGUCAGAUGUGCUCUUCUUUAAGCCCAUCCUCCUGGGAGUGUGCUUGUUUUCCUGGAUAUAAGCUUCAGCGAGACAGAAAGCACUGCACAGCUAUAGGUCCUAAGCCAUUUUUGUUGUUUGCAAAUGGCCAAGAUAUCCGCCAGAUCAGUUUUGAUGGAACAGAUUAUACAAGUUUACUUGACUGGCAGAUGGGAAUAGUCUUAGCACUGGACUCUGAUCCAGUGGAAAAUAAGAUUUACUUUGCUCACACUGCCUUGAAAUGGAUAGAACGAGCUAAUCUGGAUGGCUCAAAUCGUGAAAAAGUUGUUCAUGAAGCUAUAGAUACACCCGAAGGCCUCGCUGUGGACUGGAUUAACCGAAAAUUGUAUUGGACAGACAGAGGGAAGGCGUGCAUUGAAAGGAGCAAUCUGAAUGGAAUGCAAAGAAAAAUGAUCAUCUGGGAGGAUAUCUCCCAGCCCCGAGGGAUUGCCAUUCACCCAUUUGCUAAGAGAUUAUUCUGGACUGACAUGGGGGUCAAUCCCAGGAUUGACAGCUCUUCAUUAGAAGGCAUCGAUCGUCGAGUUAUAGCCAGCACUGGUCUGGUGUGGCCCAGUGGAAUAGCUCUUGACUACUUAGCAGACAAAGUGUACUGGUGUGAUGCUAAGCAGUCAGUGGUUGAGAGCGCAAAUCUGGAUGGUUCUGGUCGUCAAAUUCUUGCACAGAAUGAUGUAGGCCACCCUUUUGCUGUAGCGGUGUUUGAGGACCACCUUUGGUUUUCUGACUGGGCUAGGCCAUCACUAAUGAGGGUGGAUAAGAAGACCGGCCAAAACAGGGUACGUCUUCGAGGCAGCAUGCUGAGACCCUCAUCAAUGGUUGUAGUGCAUCCUUUGGCGAAACCAGGGGCAAAUCCUUGCCUUUAUCAGAAUGGAGGCUGUGAUCAGAUCUGUGAAAACAAUUUUGGAAUUGUACAUUGCAAGUGCCAUCCAGGAUUUGGGAAAACUCAAGAUGGAAAAACCUGUCAUGCUCUGGAUUCUUCCAACUCAACAGAAGGAAGUGUCUCUAUGCACAAGGAGGUAGUGCCAAUGCCACCACCAGAGAUCGUGCUCCAGAGCACACAGAGCAAUGGGAUUUCUAAGGAUAUGGACAGUGGGCAAAAGCAGAAAAUAAUUUUUUUGAUGGCUGAAAUCAUGGUAUCAGAUCAAGAUGACUGCACUGCACUCGAAUGUUACGUCAAUGCAGAGUGUGUUUUGCUGGAAGAUGGUGCUGUGUGCCAGUGUUUGAAAGGAUUUAUCAGGAAGGGGAACUCAUGCUAUGAUGUUGAUGAGUGUGCUGUAAAUAUGGACCACUGUGAUCGAAAUGUGUCGGGCUGCAUCAAUACGGAAGGGAGCUAUGUCUGUAAAUGCCUGGAGGGCUAUACUGGGGAUGGAGUCCAUUGCUAUGAUAUUGAUGAGUGCAAGACGGGGUCCCACACCUGUGGAGAGAACAUGACCUGCACAAAUACAGAAGGAAACUUCACUUGCUCGUGUGCUGAUCAUGCUUCUGGAACUGGCAUCAGUUGCAAAACUACUGUUCCCCCAACUGUUGUCAGCAAUGAAUACUCUACACACGCUGUGCAAGGUGAUAUUGUAGGAUGCCCUCCUUCGUACGAGUCAUAUUGCCUUCAUGGUGGAGUGUGUAAUUAUGUUUCUGAUCUACAAGACUAUGCCUGCAACUGUGUGACGGGCUACGUUGGGGAGCGGUGCCAGUUCAGUGACCUGGAGUGGUGGGAGCAGCAGCAUGCCGAGCGGGUGAAGAUGCGGAAUAUCACCAUCACAGUGUGUGUAGCUGUGCUGGUCCUUCUGCUGCUUCUGGGGUUCCUGGCUGCCUACUGCCACAGAAGUCAAAAUUUGUAUAAGAAGAAUCUCUAUGCAGAAGCGAUAAGAGAUGCCAGCAGCCGUGCUGACAAUGAGAACGUGACACCUACUAGCAACAAGUCUCUGUUUGCGGUUGUUAAGGAGUGUAACAGUUCUCUGGAGACUAAAGUGGUUGAUCUAAUUGAGUGUGAGACAGCAGAUCCUCAUCCUGCCUGUCCUUCAGAAUCUGCGGAAGAACAGCCUAUAACAUAUGACAAAGAAGCAGAGACUUUGACAGAAGAGAAGAGAGAACAAGGACAUCAGAAAGACGUUCCUGUUGGUCAGAAAUCAUGCCAGCCCCUGGGAGUGGCGAAGGGCCCUCCCCAGAUUCCCUGGAGCAUCCAUCCCAAGCCCCUGCUGGAAAGGGAGCCCUGCACUCUUACCCCAGCCAGCCUGCUGAUGCAGCCAGACUAGAAGCAGCCUGGGUUUGAGUGGGAAAAGAAGGAAGUCAGCAGAGAAUGGGAACUCACAAAACACUGAAACAAUACUCAUUUUUUCACGAAAAUUUGCUUUUGAAAAAAACCCCACAAAUCAAAACCAACUAGAGAAGUCCUUGCCACUCCUUCCCUGUCAUCUCUGCUUGGAAGAGUUACUAUGAGCAAUGUGUUGGCAAUGAAUACUCUAUAAACAUCACUGCUGCUAAUUUCAUUAACUGCCUGUUACAAGGACACUGAGGGGAAAAUAGACAAGUGAGUGAUUUAUGAGUGAUAAAUAUUUUCUUAAUGGAGCUUGUUGUGAGUAGUGGUCUUCACACACACACACAGAGUCUAGAAACUGCCUAGAAAAUGGGUCACAAGGGCAGCUACAGAGAAACAGAAAUGGAAGAUGAUGCAGAAAAAUUAGUUCAAAAUUAAUGUUUUUAUUAAAAUACUGUUCAUGGACACUAUAUUCCUCUCCUCAGUGCUGCUGACAGGCCAGUGUAACUUCCUGGACUUCACCUGAGAUGUUCUUGUAUCUGCUUCCGUGAGCAAGCACCAAAUGGGAUCUUGCAUUUCUCGGGUUUGGUGUGCUGUAGGAUGAUUUGUGGGCAUAUGUUAUUAAUGGUGGGCAACAUUUGAGGGAAAAGGUGAUUCUUCCAUUUUAUUUCCCAGUAUACACUGGUCCCUCAGAGCGUAACAGGAUUGUCUCUGGACCGAGGAGGUGGGUCUGUGUCUCCUUUCAGCCCUGUGAAGAGGAAGGUACUGGAGCUGUCCUGGCCUCACAAAAGUGUGUCUGGCAUCAAAACCUGGUCCUUUAUGUAGGACAGUGAGAGGACAGAAGUGCAGCCAGUUGCUGUUCCAAAAGAACAGGAGGAGUGGGUCAAAAAACCAAAAAAACCACCUCAGUUUGGACUGACUUCCACUCAGCUGAUUUUUGCUGCCUGUUAAAUUCAAGGGAACAAUUGGAAAACUAAACCAAUUUUUCUUGUAACUGUCUUUCUAACAGCUACUGUUCCCUUCCAGUUAUUUACUAAAAACUAACUCUCUUAUAAAACUCUGUUGUAUACAGAGUUGUAGCUUAACUGUUUAACAUAAGAUUAGCUCAGUUGGUCAGAGCAUGGUGCUAAGAAUGCCAAGGUUGUGGUUUUGAUCCCCGUAGGGCCAUUCACGUAAUAGUUGGACUCUAUGAUCAUUGUGGGUCCUUUCCAACUCAGAAUAUUCUGUGAUGUUAAGUGAUUUUCAGCACUUGUCUUGAAUUCCUGUGCCAUUUUCAGAACAUUUUAGAAGACAUCUGGAAAUCAGCUAAAUUACUAAUAAUGUUUUUAUUAUUUGUAUGGUACCUCUCAGUUCUCUGUCUUUGAAGCCUACUACUGUAACUAUUGGACACCUCCUUUAAACUCUGCUACAGUGCCUACCACUAGUGUUCCUUGUAAUUCAUUAGCUGGUUAAUAGUGGCAAAUAUUAUUAAUUUGUGUGUUUGCUAUCCUGCUUUUCUGGGGUUUUUUGAAUCCUCCCAGAAACGUAUGGGAUGCUGUAAUUUUUAUACCAGCUCUGUAAGCCAACAUGGGAAAGAGUAUUGAAAGGCUCUUACCUCUUAUCUAAAACAGUAACACACUUGAGUAACUUUGUGAAGCUAGUUCUGAUUUAUGUUGGUGUAAAUGGUAAGAACAUUGAGUCCAAGGUGUCAGAAUUACAAAAAUUAUAAUCCUCUGCUGUGUAGAUGGUUGUCUUUGUCUUCUAAAGUGAUUUUUGCAGGUGGUUUUGAAUUGUUGAGUCUGUUUUCUAAUCACAUUCAUUCUGAAUUCAGAAUAAACUUGUAAAAUAGGCAUUUCCAGAGGUUAGUUGGAACCAACAGCUAUGAAGACUCAUUCUCCUGUGUGAGUGGCAACAAGGGUAUUUCCACGGAAAGAGAAAUGGUUUAGAAAUGUUGGCACACUAAACUGUGCUCAGGAGGAGGAAACCACCGUGUUGAAUCAUUAGUAUUUGGUAGAUUUGAUUUUAAGUUCAGUAUAGUUUAAUUUAAUUAACAUUGUUAAAAGAAUCUAGUUUGGAUUCCCGUCCUUCAAUUCAUUGAUCUUGUGUAUUUUGAUGGGAAGAGAGUCCAGCUGUAAAGGCCCCAGUUUAGAAAAGCAUUUUGUUUCCAUAAGAGUUACACAGUAAAAAGACUUUAAUCCCUGCACUUUGAGUUUCUCUGUUGAAGUAUGUUUGUGAGCUUAAAAUCCAAGUAGUGUGUUGAAUGACAGUCAACAUUUAGUUGGAAGUUUCCCCAAUCAAAGGAAAUAAAGAUUUGUAACUUUGAAAUCUGACUAAAUAAAGAUGUUUCAGACUCCUUAAAAAUUAGUUUAUUAUUCUAUCCUGGAUUUUUGUUUACUUUGCUUUUCUUAAGUCCAAGGAUCUAAUUUUAAGUUGACAGUAUUCUUUAAAGAAUAAGAUUGCGAAACCUAUUAUUUGUAAUUAUACUGUUUGGACUUUUAAAUGUUUCCUAAAUUCAGCUCUAAAUUCAAAAUAAUCUUUAAUGUAAAACCUUGAAAUGAUAUUUCAACACAAAUAUAAUAUAUUUGGUUUAUUUGUAUGUUUAUAAAGCUAUUGAUUUAUAAAAUAAAA